AUGCAGCUCACCAACCUCCUCCCCGCCCUGGCGACCCUCGCCAUGACCGCCGCGGCCCUCCCGACGGCCGACAACGCCAAGGCCAACGCGGUCACCGCCCGCACCGACGGCGGCAGCGGCAGCGGCAGCUCCGGCUGCGACAACCACCAGCAGGCCGUCUGCUGCAACGGCAUUCUCGGCUGCCUCGUGUCCCUGCUGGGCAGCAACUGCGCCGGCUCGACGUACUGCUGCUCGACCAACGAUGCGCCGGGCACGCUGAUCGAUAUCAACCUGCUCAACUGCGUCUUCCUGCGCUAA